GUUUUUUUUAUCGGUAUCGCUGUCAUUGCAUUUUCCUAAGUGAAACCCGCCCAGUGUCCUUUUCUUUUUACUGCGCUUUGGGAACAAUAUGGCUUCGCAACAUCCUCCCCAUGGUCAGCAGAGUGAUACCUCCGGUCGUCGUUUGGUAGACAUCGGGUUAUCGACUGCCCAACAGCAAUAUCAACACCAGGGCCCUAUGUCGUCUCAACAACAGCCCAACGCACCUGGAGGAACCAUACCACAACACCCACCGCCUCAACACGUUAUACCUCCUGCCGCGCGAGCCUCCAGUGCGCAUCCUGUUUUCGAUCUCGGUCAGUUCUGGCAAGAGCAAAUGCGCCUAGCAGAAUCCUUCGAUUCCGACUUUAAGAACCACCCUUUACCUUUGGCGCGAAUUAAAAAAGUCAUGAAGACCGAUCAAGAUGUCAAGAUGAUCAGUGCCGAGGCACCUAUACUGUUUGCUAAAGGUUGUGAAAUCUUUAUCACUGAAUUAACCAAGCGUGCAUGGGUUCAUGCAGAAGAAAAUAAACGACGCACCCUGCAGCGAUCGGAUAUCGCCACGGCCAUCACCAAAACCGACAUGUGUGACUUCUUGAUCGAUAUUGUGCCCCGUGAAGAAGCUGCCAAAUCGACCAAUCAAAUGUAUGAUCAAAGCGGCUAUGCAAACUAUUACCAAUCAUCGAAUAUGCCACAGUAUGCAUCUACACAGAUGGCUGGACAUCCAAUCGAUACCGCUGCUGCCUAUUACCCUCAGUUAUCGCAGCUGACACCGGAGCAAGUACAGCAAUAUCAAUUACAAUUGCAACAGUUUGCUGCGCAACAACACCCCUAUGCUGCUGCAGCAGCCGCCGCCGCCGCCGCCGCCGCUGCAGCACAAAAUUCGUCCGGCCAUUCGCAACCAUCCACUCUAUCGAGCGCACCUCAGAGCCAGCCUGACAAUACAUCUUCUGCAUAAAACUGAAAUUUUACAAACCAUAAGAAGUGCGAAGACGACAAAAAUCGGUCUCGCCGUCCUUUUUAUCUUUAAGGAACCCAUCAAAAAACAGAUGCAACCUUUUCAUAUAUAAACAUGUAGACACUUACUGUACUUUUAACCGCCUUUCAUCUUUCAUCCUUUAUCCUUCCAGCGUGUCCGUCAUAUUCUCGUGUCAUUAAAAAAAAGGGACUGUUAUUUAG